CGGCCAUUUUGGAGUGGUUCUGGCCGGUGGAGGAUCCGAAUACGAUAUUUUUGUGUGGAUCUAGUGUUAGUUCCUCCAAAGAGACACAUUGCAGUGAAAGUGCGUCAAAUUCGGAACAAGCGAGACAAUGUCUAUAGAAGAUAAGGCUGCUUUAAAGGAACUAGACGCUUGGAUUGAACAACUCAAUGAAUGCAAACAGUUGACAGAAAAUCAAGUGAAGACACUAUGUGACAAGGCAAAGGAGAUCCUAGCAAAAGAGAGUAAUGUCCAAGAGGUGAAAUGCCCCGUCACAGUCUGCGGGGAUGUGCACGGGCAGUUCCACGAUCUCAUGGAACUGUUCCGCAUCGGAGGAAAGUCUCCCGACACCAACUACCUCUUUAUGGGGGACUACGUCGAUCGAGGUUACUACUCCGUGGAGACUGUCUCACUCCUUGUGGCACUUAAGGUACGGUACCGGGAGCGGAUCACAAUCCUGCGAGGUAACCACGAGAGCCGGCAGAUCACGCAAGUGUACGGCUUCUAUGACGAGUGCCUUCGCAAGUACGGCAACGCAAACGUAUGGAAGUACUUCACGGACCUGUUCGACUAUCUUCCGUUGACGGCCUUGGUUGACGGCCAGAUCUUCUGCUUGCACGGUGGGCUGUCCCCAUCCAUCGACACGCUGGACCACAUCCGUGCCCUGGAUCGCUUGCAGGAAGUGCCUCACGAGGGACCAAUGUGCGACCUUCUCUGGUCUGACCCUGAUGACCGUGGUGGCUGGGGCAUUUCUCCUCGUGGAGCAGGCUACACCUUUGGCCAAGACAUCUCGGAAACUUUCAACCACAGCAACGGGCUCACGCUGGUAGCAAGGGCGCACCAGCUUGUCAUGGAGGGUUACAACUGGUGCCAUGACCGCAACGUAGUAACCAUCUUCAGUGCUCCCAACUACUGCUAUCGAUGUGGCAAUCAAGCAGCCAUCAUGGAGCUCGACGAUGCUCUCAAGUACUCUUUCCUGCAGUUCGACCCAGCUCCAAGAAGAGGAGAGCCGCAUGUCACAAGGCGAACACCGGACUACUUCCUCUAAUGUGUCCCUCUCUCCCACUUCCCCCCCCCCCUUUCCUUCCACCUGUCCCUCCUCAAACAGAAGACACCCUUGCUUUGCUCUUCGUCCACAUUUUUGUCUCGCGUGCGCACGUGUAGCCUCCCCCAAAAAAAAGCGCCAACCAGACACACAACCCCUCUCUGGUAUGGGUAGGAACUGCACUUGCAUUAUUCAGUUGUAAUUGCGUUUGGCAGUGUUCGAGAACAGUAAAAACGAUUGAGGUGUUCCACACUGCGACGAGUCUCUCUAGCGACGGGAGGCGACACACUCCCGGGAGUUUCGUGAGUAGUUAGCUUUUUUCUUGUUUGUUUAUUUCUUUUCUUUUUUUUUCUUUUUUUUUUUUGAGGGGAGAUGUCUUUACGCUGUACACAACGGGGGAUCUGUCCUUGCCGCAGUGAAACAUAGAACGGUAGACCAAGUGGGUGGAAUUUGCUGUCGUUCAGGUUCCGUUACGCAGUCCGGAUAGUCCCCGUCGAGUUCCCGCGUGCCGUUCGUGAUCAUCAUCAUCGAUGCGCUUUUAAUUAUUUCCAUCUUCUCAUUGUCCGAGAGCAGAAGUAAAGGGUCGUGAGGGUGACGAAGGAGGACCGAGGGAUUUUUCUUUUUUUUUUUUUUUCCUUCCUCGUGCAUGAUAGGUGGAUUCCCUAGUGUGGGUAUAAAGUUCUGUACAAUUGUGGCAAACUCACUUCCGUUACUUUUGUUUCUGUGACCCUUACAUGUGCAUCUCAGGAACCCUACCGUGUUCUUCUCCGCUGGCUGUCCUGAUUACCGUAUUUAACGCUUUUUGUAGCUCCGAAACAUCCGCUUGGCUCGGGAUUGACAGAUUCUGUAAAGGAGAGCGUAAUAUGUUUGGUUGAGCAAAGUGAAACGCAAUAAAGAUAAUUUUUGGACUGUUGAUGCAGGCAAGCAUUGACGGUUGGCUGUCCGUUUCGUUGAGAAAUUGAUAGCUGCCCGCGUUAUCUGACAGCACAAACGAGAUGCUUGAAACCACUUUGUUUUCUGCCCUUGAAUGUACACACGUGAGGUAUGGGGAAAAGGAUCUAGGUAAUAGAUUUUUUUGUGAACCAAGGAACCAAUUUUUCCUCUGGCUUUUAGAUUUCAAAUAUGCUGAAAGUUUGACAAUAAAAACAGUCCGAUGUACA